AUGGCUGAUGCCCUGCCCAGACCUGACGAUCUGGAAGCGACCUGGAACUUUGUAGAGCCCGGAAUCCACCAGAUCUUGGGACGAGAUGGCACACCGUCUUCUGCAUUGAAAAGGGUCGAUAAGGUACUUUCUCCAGCCAUGUACAUGGAAGUAUACACUGCGAUUUACAAUUACUGCGUCAACAAGUCGAGCUCUGCUGGCCAAUUCAAUACAGACAACAACAGACAGAGCCAAUCGUCGUUGCUCGUGGGAGGAGAGAUUUACCAGAAGCUGCAAAGAUGCCUGAAGGAUUACCUGUGUAAGUUGGAGAGGGACGCCAAUGAAAGCUUUUUGCACUUUUAUGUAAGACGUUGGAAAAGGUUCACGGUAGGUGCGAUUUUUUUGAACCACGCGUUUGACUACAUGAAUCGUUACUGGGUGCAGAAGGAGCGUAGUGAUGGGAAAAGACAUAUCUUCGAUAUCAAUACGCUGUGUUUGAUGACAUGGAAAGAAGUUAUGUUCGACAAAAACGUGGACCAGCUGGUGCAAGAAGUAAUGCAGGUUAUCACUCUGCAGCGUGACGGGUGUGCAAUCUCGCACACUGAUGCCAAUGUGGCCAUAAGAUCGUUUGUGGCUUUGGGCAUCGACCCCCAGGAUCUUAAGAAGCUCAAUCUUAAUGUCUACAUACAGUAUUUUGAGAAGCCCUUCUUGGAGUACACACGGGCCUAUUACAAAAGAUUUUCAGAACAGUUUCUGGAGAAUCGCACCGUUGCGGAGUACAUUUUCGCAGCUCAGGAAAAGAUCAAUGACGAAGAGAGCAGGAUUGUGCUUCAUCUGGACGAACACACUAAGAAGCUUUUGUCUGAGGCACUUAACGCUGUUUUGAUCACCGAUCAUUCGCAAGCGCUUGAGGGUGAAUUUGUAUCCUUAUUGGACUCAAGGGAUGAGCACAAAAUCUCUACGCUUUACGGGCUCAUGCAGCGUGAUAUUCUGCUUCUCCCAAAGCUUGCACAGGCGUACGAGACUUAUGUGAGGCAGGCAGGUGAGGCAGAAAUUUCUCGCCUGAUUGCCAACACCAAGGCCAGGUUGAAUGAGGUGGCUGAUGAAAGCGCGCCUCAGAAGAAGGCAGGUGCCAGUUUCACCGUUCCUCCUAACGAGUACGUUAAGAAGCUUAUCGAAGUCUACGAAACGUUUACCAAGAUCACGAAGGACUGUUUUCAGAAUGGCCCGCUGUUCACCAAAGCACUUGACAAUGCAUGUCGUGCGUACAUCAAUGUCAACGAGCUUUCGAUUCCGCCAGGCUCACCCAAAUCAGCUACGUCGAAGACUCCUGAGAUGCUGGCCAAGUACAGUGAUCUCCUGCUCAAAAGAUCUAAUAAAACUGCCGAAACCUCAUCUGCUCUUUCUGCUGAUGACAUCAUGACUAUUUUCAAGUUUUUGACGGACAAGGAUGCCUUUGAGAACCACUACAGACGUUUGUUUGCCAAGAGAUUGAUACACGGGACGUCAACCUCGGAGGAAGACGAGGAAAUGGUUAUUCAGCGUCUUCAGAGUGAAAAUAGCAUGGAGUACACGGGUAAGAUUACUAAAAUGCUACAAGAUAUUCGCUUGUCGAAGCAGCUCGAGGUUGAAUUUGAGAGUGCCAUCAAGAUUGCACCAGAUUACACAAGAGAGAGAUAUCCAGAUUUUCAACCGUUUGUGUUGGCGGAAACCAUGUGGCCGUUUUCUCACCAGGACGUGGAAUUCAAUCUGCCACAAGAGCUCACACCCACGCACGGUGGGCUCGAGAAACUAUACUCUAAUAAGCACAGCGGGAGGGUACUCAAGUGGCUAUGGCCACUGUGCCGAGGCGAGAUGGUCGCCGACAUUGGCAAGCCGGGCAGACCACCUUUUGUGUUUACGGUGACCUUGUUCCAGAUGUCGAUUCUACUUAUGUUCAACGAGAGGUCGAGCGUGACGUUGGAGGAAAUCCAAGAGUACACCAAUCUGAGCACCACCAAUAUUGCGUCUUCCCUGAUUCCGUUUAUUAGAUGGAAACUGCUGCAGCAGACUCCGGUCGGGCUGGACGCAUUGUCCAAGCCAGACACGGUGUUCAAGAUCAUGACUCCCUACAAGGCGCUCAAGACCAAGAUCAAUUUUGCUGCAGGGGUCAAAAGCGAAGUGCCUGGCUUGGGUGGUGCCGGCAACGGGGUGGGUGCAAAUGGCACUACCAGCGCUGCGGAACUUUCGGAAGCGCAGAAAAUCGAGAAGGAGCUCAACACCGAGCGCCAGAUCUUUUUGGAGGCUUGUAUUGUGCGGAUCAUGAAGGCCAGACGCAAGCUUCCCCAUGCCACGCUCGUGAACGAAUGUAUUGCACAGUCUCACCAGCGGUUCAACGCCAAGGUUUCGCUGAUCAAACGGGCCAUAGACAGCCUGAUUGCCAAGGAGUAUCUACAGAGAUGCAGCGACGGUGAGAGCUACGAAUACUUGGCGUAG